AAAAAAAUUUUUUCGAUAUUUGAAUUUGAAAUUAUCUCUUAUUGCAAUCUUGAAAGGUUUUUAUUUCAAGCGCAAUGGCCAAAAGCAAGAAUCAUACCAAUCACAAUCAGAAUCGAAAGGCUCACCGUAAUGGUAUUAAGAAGCCAAAAACAUAUCGUUAUCCUUCUCUAAAGGGAGUUGAUCCUAAAUUUCUUCGUAAUCAACGAUAUGCAAAGAAGAAAACAAUUGAAGCUUUAAAAAAGACCAAGGCUUCCGUUAUGGAAACGGAUUAGAAAGCGGUUAGUUGUAAAUAGUGGGAAGCAAAACUAACUAAUGCCUUUAGAUUAUUAAUCACAAAAUAUUAUAGCCUUUGUUAAUACAGUAAAAAAUAAUAUUAACUAUUAAUAUUGUUCCAUAACUUAUAUUUACAUAAUAUUCAUCAACUAAAGGUUCAUAACCUUUUUUUUGUUUCUAGAAAUAAAA